AAACAAUACACAAGCUCAAAGAAACACAGGGAAAACAUGCUGCAGCAAAAAGAGGUACCCAUCUCUGUCCUGCCACUUUUUCCUUUGCAUGUUAAGAUGCACUUAAACAGCAUCUACCUCACAUCAACACAUUUGUACACUGUACACACCAUGCACAUCAUGCACACGCGCAUACUUUAUCUCUCCACGACUCCCUCCACUCUUUUCUAAUCAGAGCAGAAGGAUACAUUUGAAUGCUUGUUCACUUCAAAGCAAAACGCAAAAAAAAUUACACAAUCACGAAGAUUUUCCUCUUGUGUACAAAGUCCAUCGUAAACAAUUUGUUCGUCAAUGUGCUAUCAUUAUUAUUGUGAUGCAAGACAAGUUGUCGUUAUUCCUUUUCCCUUUGUUUGCACCACAGUCUAGUCCUUGUUCCGAUAGCGUGAGUAAGAAACAAUAAAAAAAAAGAUAGUGCGAGGAAGAAGGAAGGA